CCACGCGCUGCGUGGGGCCGCCUCCUCGGCGGAGGGGGAACGGCCCACCGACCUCUGGUCGGAGGUAUUGACUGCCGGAGGUCGGGAGGUAACCUCGCGACCCUCGUUAUGGCCUCGGACGUGGCUGGGCUGGUACGACUGUUCGUUCUGGGACCCUAUUCCAGCGCCUUGUGGGCCCCGGCGAUGACAAAUGAAGAACUGAGGCAAACAGGAUUAAGUGAUUUACCUCGGGAUUAUACGGCUAGUAAAUGUCUGAGGCUGACUUCAAAUGUUGCUGACACCAGGCCCGAUGCUCUAUCCAAUGCAUCACCGAACUGCCCCUACCUGUUCCUUUUAUGUCUUGGGGAGAGGAAGGAUUCUCUCUGAGCACUGCUUUGAGGAAAGCUAAUUCUAAUCAAGGACAGUCUGGGUCAACCAAACAAGCACUUAAGAAGCCCAAGUUACCACUAGGACGAUUUGAUGCUCCAGAAGAUUCCAAUUUAGAGCAGGAGCCUCUAGAAAAAUUUCCAGAUGAUGUCAAUCCUCUUACAAAAGAAAAGGGUGGUCCCAAAGGCCCUGAACCUACUCGAUACGGAGAUUGGGAACGAAAAGGACGUUGUGUGGAUUUUUAGUGGUCAGACUCCGCGAAACUGGUCUCUUCUUCUGAAUGUAAUAUAUAUUUGAUUUAAUUUCUUUAUGUUUCCCUGCCCCACCCCCCUUUUUUUAAAACAAAAAAGUCAUUUGAUUUGGAGAAUUUUAGUCCAAAAAAGAUUAAUUAGAUUUUGGAAGCAUUUCUGAAUUAGCACUUUUGUUAUUACAGAUUUGUUAAUAAAGACCUGUUGGUCAGAAUUUACUUCUGUUCAUUAAUCAGUUGAAUUAAAAUUACUAAUUAACAUACAUAAGUUCUAGAAUUUUUUUAUGGGUUUAAAGUGUUUCACUGUUUGAAAAGAUCUUGCUGGGACAUAAAAUGUCAUAAAUCCUGAGAUGUGUUUCUGGAUCUAGUCUCCGUAGUGUAGAGCUAUGGAAACAAAUACUUGAAGCACCAGAGUUGGGAUUUUAUGAUAUAUUAUCUAUGCAAAAUUAUCCAUUCAGUUCCACUAAAUUGAGAAUUUGUUAUAAUUUGAACAAGUGAAUUAAUAGUCUAACAUGCUAUCAUUAUCUUCAAAAAAAUAUUUUGUUAAGUAGUUAAUAAUAUAACCAGCAUUUCAGUUCAGCAAUUCAUUAUUGAAUACUUUCUAUUGAAUACAGAAGGGUAAAAGAGGGAUAGACCCUGUCCCUCAGGAGCUUAUGGUAUACUUGAGAAUAAUAGUUUUCCAAAUUAUGGGGUAUACCUCAUUGAUUGGAGACUAGUCUGUCUGUGGCGUUGGGAAAGUUGAAGCAGUAACCAAAAUUACUGGAUAUUUUAAAAUAUAAUUCUUUGAUAAAUACAUCCUUUUAUUGAUUUUGAAACAAAAGUUCAAAUCAAAAUUAAUGUGACACUAACAUCAAAUUCUGGACAAUUGGUAAGAGUUAGCAGAAAAGGAGUAUACAUAGUACAACUGAAGGCAGUGGGCCCUAAAAUAGGUGGCAUGUAGAGAAUAAUAAGUUGUUACAAGAGGAAAAGACCUGGUCCCUACACCAGAGGAAGAGAUUGUGCACUUGUAUCUCCCAGGACUGUGUGAAUGUUCCCCAGCAAGUCUUCCCUAUGGCAGAUAAGAGUGGGAGCCAUAAGCACUUAGCCCCUCCCUCUAGUGGAGGGUCUUAACCUUUUGACAAUUAAUUUAUUUUAUUAGUUAUUUAUUUAAUAUUAUUUUUACCACAUGUUGUAAAUUUUGUUUUUUGUUGUAAAAUUGUGAUGAAUUCUUAAUUUGACUUGAAUAAAAUGCAAGCUAAGAAAAA